AGGAUGAACAAUGUCACAGAAUUCAUCCUUCUGGGCUUGACCCAAGACCCAGAACUGAAGAAACUCUUAUCUGUUGUGUUUUUCAUAAUCUAUUUGGUCACACUGAUAGGCAACAUGUUCAUCUCCAUCACCAUCUUCAUCAGCCGAGCCCUGGAUGCCCCCAUAUACUUUUUUCUCUCCUAUUUGUCCAUCAUAGAUGCUUUCUACUCUUCUACCACAGCACCCAAAAUGGUCUUUGACUUAAUCUCUGAGAGGAACACCAUUUCCUUCAAUGGCUGCAUGACUCAACUUUUUGCUGAACAUGUUUUUGCUGGAGCUGAAAUCAUCUUGCUGAUUGCCAUGGCCUAUGACCGCUAUGUGGCCAUCUGCAAGCCCUUGCACUACAUGACCAUCAUGAGUCGACCUGUGUGUGUUUUCCUGGUGGUGGGAGCUGGAAUGGUGGGGUUGAUUCAUGGCCUGAUCCAGACUUUAUUUAUAGCCCACUUACCAUUCUGUGGCCCCAAUAUUAUUGACCACUUUAUCUGUGAUUUAAUACCACUCCUGAACUUGGCCUGCACUGAUACCCACAUUCUGGGGCCCCUGAUUGCUGCCAACAGUGGGUUAAUGUGUUUACUCACUUUCUCGGUGCUGGUUGCUUCCUAUGUCAUCAUUCUGUACUCCCUGAGGAAUCACAGUUCUGAAGGGCGUCGCAAAGCCCUGUCUACCUGUACCUCUCAUGUUACUGUUGUCAUCUUAUUCUUUGUACCUUGCUCAUACAUGUAUGCAAGACCUGUGACCUCUUUCCCCAUUGAUAAAAUUGUGGGUGUGUUUUGUACCCUAGUAACACCUCUGUUGAAUCCUUUAAUCUACACCCUCAGAAAUGAAGAAGUCAAAAAGGUUAUGAAGAAACUCUUGGGACAAAUAAUGAAAGCUAGUGAAAAAUAA